AUGUUUUACUAUGGGAACUACGACGGGAAGGCUUCAUCCCCAACCUUCAGUGUAGUGUUCGAAGGGAAACACCGAGGCACCGUAUCGAUAUCUUCGGCAUUCGAGCCUUACACUUUGGAACUGAUAUUUGCUCCAGCCAGCGGAGAGACAAGCGUAUGUUUUGUGCGCACCUCUUCGUCAUCAAACCCGUUUGUAUCAUCCAUUGAAGUUGCUGACUUGGCCGAUGGCAUGUAUGACGAGCUUGGUCCCGGUGAAGGUUUAUUUUACCAACAACGAGUUGCGUAUGGGACAACAGAAACUAUAAGUAAGAAAGUUGGUACGGGUCCAAUUGUGCCAGUGUAUGGAAAAGCUACCCAAGUGGUAGUGAGAGACGUCAUGGCCAGCUCGAGCUCCCAGCUAGUGUUCCAGUCCACAGCUAGUGCACUUUUACCUCCCAUGAUAAAUGCGUUGGAGCUCUACGUGAUAAGUUCUGGUACAAGUGGAGAUGGAAGCGGUAAUGGAAGUGGAAGCGGAUCAGGAGCAGGUGGAGGUGGUGGGGAGGUGGAGGAGGCGGAUCUGGGAGUGGCAGACCUGCAGGCUCUGGUGGGACUGGAAAAGGGGGAGGAAGCAAUGAAGGGAGCUCAGUUUGAUGAAAGUGGGUCAACCAAUGAAGAAAAGAAAAGUAAACUGCCAAUUAUAGUCGGUGUGGUAUCUGCGGUAGUGUUUGUUAUUAUUGUAUAUGUUAUCGUUGCUAUUUUCUUGGCGAAACGUCGCAAAGGAAGGCUGCAAGGACUAACAUUGCCAACGUCUACAGGUACUGGACCAUCCCCUCUAUUUGGACAACAGACGGGGAAUGAAGCGAACCAGUCUACAAAUGAGGCAGACAUGGGAGAUAUCGACGACCUGAUUGGAGUGAACCAGUCGUAUGUAACGCAACAACAUUGA